GACACUUCGCAGUGGCUUUUGUUCAAAAUGCGCGGCGCUUGUUUCGCCAGCAACACCGUUAUUUACAAUGAUGGGACCGCGCGCCCAGUCUCAAGCAGAGCUAAGCAUGACUCUGCCACAACGAUCAUCCGCUGCUGUUGACAGGUUGUCCACAGAGACCGUUCAGAAGAAUAACAGCAGUAAUACUGGUGUUAUUCUGGACAUUUCCACUCUCAAAAUGGCUGAUAUGGACUCUGUGGUUCCUCCUCUACCUCCACGAUACCGCUUUAGAGAUUUGCUGCUUGGAGAUCAAUCAUUUCAGAAUGAUGACAGGGUGCAGGUGGAAUUUUAUGUAAAUGAAAACACAUUUAAGGAGAGGUUGAAGCUGUUCUUCAUCAAAAACCAAAGGUCAAGUCUUAGAAUACGCCUCUUCAACCUCUCCUUGAAAUUGUUAACAUGCCUCCUGUACAUAAUCAGAGUCUCACUGGAUGACCCGACUAACCAGGAUGCAUGUGUACGGAAACACUGCACAAACGUCACAGAUGCCCUUUGCAGCAAAUCCUGUGCCAACUACACAACAAACCUGACUGCAGAUCCCACACAAAUAAACUGGGAGUUAAUAUUCUGGGUGAAUAGGAGAGUUCCUGUAUGGGCGAUACAGGUGACAGUGGCCUUAAUUAGCUUCUUGCAAGCAAUGCUCCUGGUGUAUCUUAGCUACAAGGGGAACAUUUGGGAGCAGAUUUUCCAAAUCUCCUUCAUCAUUGAGAUGAUCAAUACAGUGCCAUUCAUUAUUACAAUAUUCUGGCCUCCACUGAGGAACAUAUUUGUUCCUGUGUUCCUAAACUGUUGGCUUGCAAAAUCAGCACUUGAGAACAUGAUUAAUGAUCUCCAUCGUGCCAUUCAGCGCACACACUCUGCCAUGUUCAACCAGGUCCUCAUUCUGAUCUGUACUUUGCUCUGUCUGGUCUUCACUGGGGCUUGUGGAAUUCAGCACCUCGAGCGGGCAGGGAAGAGUCUCUCCCUGUUUGACUCUUUGUAUUUCUGCAUCGUGACAUUCUCGACUGUUGGAUAUGGAGACGUCACACCCAGAAUUUGGCCUUCUCAGCUACUUGUGGUCAUCAUGAUCUGUGUGGCACUGGUGGUGCUGCCAUUACAGUUUGAGGAGUUGGCAUACCUUUGGAUGGAGAGACAGAAGUCAGGUGGAAAUUACAGCAGACACCGUGCUCAGACAGAGAAACAUGUGGUUCUCUGUGUCACUUCUCUCAAAAUAGACCUGCUCAUGGACUUUCUCAAUGAGUUUUAUGCCCACCCAAGACUACAGGAUUAUUAUGUGGUAAUACUCUGUCCCACGGAGAUGGACAUUCAGGUGCGGCGUAUACUGCAGAUCCCUCUGUGGUCUCAAAGGGUGAUCUACCUCCAGGGCUCUGCAUUGAAGGACCAAGACCUGAUGAGGGCCAAGAUGGACGAUGCAGAGGCGUGUUUCAUCCUCAGCAGCAGAAAUGAAGUGGACCGCACUGCAGCUGAUCAUCAAACUAUUUUGAGAGCAUGGGCUGUGAAGGACUUUGCCCCAAACUGUCCUCUUUAUGUCCAGAUUCUCAAACCCGAGAACAAAUUCCAUGUUAAAUUUGCAGGUCAUGUUGUGUGUGAAGAGGAGUUCAAGUAUGCCAUGCUGGCCCUGAACUGUGUUUGUCCAGCCACCUCUACACUGGUCACCCUCCUGGUUCACACAUCUCGUGGCCAGGAGGGUCAGAUGUCUCCUGAACAGUGGCAGAGAACUUAUGGCCGUUGCUCUGGGAAUGAAGUUUAUCACAUCCGUCUGAUGGACAGCAAAUUCUUUGGCGAAUAUGACGGGAAGAGCUUCACUUACGCCUCCUUUCAUGCACAUAAAAAAUAUGGUGUCUGCUUAAUCGGCACAAAGAGAGAAGAAAAUAAGAGCAUCCUUCUGAACCCUGGUCCUCGCCACAUCAUGGCUGCCACAGACACCUGUUACUACAUCAACAUCACAAAGGAGGAGAACUCUGCCUUCAUCUUUAAACAGGAAGAGAAGCACAGCAAAGGACUGUCGGUCACCGGUGUGUAUGAUGCCCCCUCUCGUCUCCCAGUGCAGAGCAUCAUCGCAAGCAUGGGAACUGUGGCCAUAGACCUGCAGAAUCCAGAUCCUCCAGUGGACAACAGUAAGCUGGCACUGCCUACAGAGAAUGGAGCGGGCAGUCGCAGACCCAGCAUUGCUCCGGUGCUGGAGCUUGCAGAUUCCUCUGCCAUCCUGCCUUGUGACCUUCUCAGUGACCCCUCUGAAGAUGAGACCAACCAAUUAGAUGAGGAGGGAGCACCAGCCUUAGAGUGCAUUAAAGGCUAUCCUCCUAACUCUCCUUAUAUUGGAAGCUCUCCAACACUUUGCCACUUAUUGCAACAAAAGGCGCCAUUUUGCUGCCUGCGACUAGACAAGGGUUGUCAUCAUAAUAGUUUUGAAGAUGCCAAGGCUUAUGGCUUUAAGAACAAGUUGAUCAUCGUUUCCGCUGAGACAGCAGGAAAUGGCUUAUACAACUUCAUUGUGCCACUGCGGGCUUAUUACCGGCCCAGGAAAGAACUGAAUCCCAUCGUUCUGCUGUUGGAUAAUCCGCCUGAUAAUCAUUUUCUUGAGGCCAUCUGCUGUUUCCCAAUGGUGUACUACAUGGCUGGUACCAUAGACAAUUUGGAUAACCUGCUGCAGUGUGGGAUCAUCUACGCUGAUAACCUGGUGGUCGUGGAUAAAGAGAGCACUAUGAGUGCAGAAGAAGACUACAUGGCAGAUGCUAAAACCAUAGUCAACGUGCAGACCAUGUUCAGGUUGUUCCCUAGUCUCAGCAUAAUCACCGAGCUAACCCAUCCUUCUAAUAUGAGAUUCAUGCAAUUUCGUGCCAAAGACUGCUACUCCCUUGCUCUCUCCAAACUUGAAAAGAUAGAGAGAGAUAAGGGCUCUAAUCUGGCAUUCAUGUUCAGGCUCCCAUUUGCAGCCGGCAGAGUUUUCAGUAUUAGUAUGCUGGAUACUCUCCUUUACCAGUCUUUUGUGAAGGACUAUAUGAUUCUUAUUGCAAGACUCUUGCUAGGUCUAGACACCACCCCAGGCUCUGGCUAUCUCUGUGCUAUGAAGGUAACAGAAGAGGACUUAUGGAUCCGGACGUACGGAAGACUAUUUCAGAAGCUGUGCUCAUCCAGCGCAGAAAUUCCCAUUGGGAUAUACCGCACUGAAUCUCACAUGUUCUCCUCCUCAGAGUCUCAGGUGUCUAUGGAGGACUGUGAGGACACACGGGACCGUAGGGAAUCCUGGAAAGAGAAAACCGCCCACAGAAACUCCACCGGGAGCGACCAAUCAGAGCACCCGCUCCUGCGGAAGAAGAGCAUGCAGUGGGCGAGACGAAUGAGCAAGAAAAACACUAAACCGCCCAGUCGAGCUGAACGCAUCAAUCAGCAGCGACUGAACCUGUACCGGCGCUCUGAGAGGCAGGAGCUGUCCGAGCUGGUCAAGAACCGCAUGAAGCAUCUGGGGCUGCCCACUGUUGGAUACGAUGAAAUGAAUGAUAAUCAGAACACUUUGUCAUAUGUGCUGAUAAACCCACCUCCAGAUACUGUUUUGGAGCUCAAUGAUAUUGUAUACAUCAUUCGCUCUGACCCGCUGGCACAUGUGCCAGAGAAUCUCCCAGGGGCCCCGGCUGGAGCAAAACUACGGCAGGACUAUGGAUCUGAGACAAGAGAUGAGACCCAUCUAUAAGAACUGGAAGAUCUCUUGUUGCUCUUCACCCCCCUCCUCUGCCUCGAGCUGCUACAGCACCACAGUCUGCAUGAAGGGUGCCAGGACACACAGCCAACCAAACACACAGACAUGUGCCAACAAUUACCUACCAAGC